UUAUGGAAAACUAUAAAAUUUGUAAAAUUCUCUGUUGUUAAAUACGUUUGAAGACAAAUGCCAUCAAAAUUUUCAGUCUUUAUUUAAGAGUGUCAGAAACAGAUACCUAAUUAUCCUUACCAAAUACAAGAAAACAAACUACAAAAUGGAAAACAAUAGCUUUGUUCUCGACAUUGUCGUUACGCAUUUGGAAAGUCCCGAAAUCACAGAUAUGAAAACGGUUCAAGUCCAAGCGAGUUUUGGCAAAACAAAAGUGAUUAUAUCACCAAGCCGCAUAAAUGUGAGCGAGUUCAAACCCGGUGCUGGAAUAGAUAUCAUAGAAACACCAAAAAAAUUACGCAAGUCUCUUGAGGAAUGUGGCCUUGCUUUAACGGUCUCAUAUAAAAAUAAGGUCAUCGGCGCCGGUCAACUGUCUUUGCCCCAAAAGAAUAUAGAUUCGAUAGAAAAAGGAAUGCGAGACUUAAUUUAUAUGGACUCCUGCAGUUUUGAAAGGGAAGGCCAAACUAUUGGCAAAAUUGACGUGCUCUUUCGCUUUAUCAGUAAAUGCGAUGAAUUGACUAAUGCAGUGGAGGGUGCAUGUGUACGUAAUGUGGAUAAGUCCAUAAAUAAACAGGAUAUCAUGUUCGUUUUGAGUGAUGUCCAGCGAUGUCCAAGUUUUUGCGAUCCUUGUCAGGAUGCUUUGGAGGCAGAUGAGGGUGAUGGAAUACUGGAUUUGGAUUUACAACGCUAUCGUCACUCAGCCGGCAGUAACCAAAGAGCAACGGAAACUUUCACACAUAACUCAACAGGAAAUAACGCCUGUAGUCAGCUUAAGAUAAUGGCAAAAGAAUGUGAACAGAUUGUCGAUUCUAUUACUUCACGCAUGGGUCAACCCCAGGGCGUAAGGUCCCCUUGCCGGGCUCCAGACGAAACAGAGCAGGACGGCACUUGCCGUGUUCCAAAUAUAAAUUUUCAGAAUAAUACAUUUGGUACGUGCUUCUCGUUUAUACCAGCACGUCAAGGGGAUAGUCCGGACUUCUGCGAUCCGUCGAUGAUACCAGCGCCUAUUAGUGACUUAAAUAAGCCAGAUAUAAACCCACCACGCUUUUGUCCCGUCUGUCUGGCCAACAUGUCGUGGGUGCCCAAACUAGCUUGCUGUCCCAGGUGCGGUGCCAAGGCUAUGCCGGUCAUAGAGGAACGCCACAAGGAGAAGAAACUGAACCCAGAUCAAAUAAUUAUUGAGUUUUUGGGCAAGCCUUUGGGUUACAAGGAUGAUUAUUGCGAAGAUCCUUGUGAAAAGGCGCAAAGAGAGAAGGAUUACGAUGGAGGGUGCCGGUGCACGUGCAAGGGGGGAAAAUUAUGUGCCCACUGCCGAAUACAGAAACUUUGUGCAGACAUUUUCAAAGCUAGUAAAAAUGAAAUUGUAUGCCCUAAGGUGACACCUAAGUCCUCCGAGGAUUUUUGCGUAUAUAACUAUGACACUAAAGAUUGCAAGCCAUAUCUAGCGCGUGUGUUCUCCGAGCUGAAGGACUUAUACGAGCUUAAAGACACUAUUGGUACUGAUAAUUGUGAACAAAAAGGCGAGCCGAAGAGAAAGACAGUUCCAAAGAAAUCAUUAACCAUACCGCAGGAUAAAAUGGUCAAACAAAAAAUUAAUACAAUCGUACGCAAGAAACCAGUUGUGAGCGCCCUGCACAAGAAUUGCGUGAAAACAGGAGGGGCAGUGGCACGUAAUCGUGGUUGGGCUUGGGGCUUAAGGGAGGAAGCAUGGAAAUAUGGGUGGCGUCCAGGAUGUAUUCGAAAACCAGUCAAGCGUCUGAUGAACUUUUUUUUAAACAACUCUCGAAAUAAUGGUUUCAAUAUCUGCAAAAAGGCAGAAGAGGUCGACAUGACUGAGCAACAUCAGCCGACUCUACACGUAUGCAAAAAAGAUGGCGAGAUAGUAGUUACACUGAAGCCUAUCAGUACGGGAAAUGUGCAGAUGAAGCCGAUUAUAUUCAGGGUAGUUAAGAGUGAUCUAGCAGUCGCACUCAGGGCUAUCAAGAAAAAGCUCAAAGAGAAGGGCUUCCGCAAAUGUACGUGUCACAAUACGGUGAUGAUGUGUGUCUGCCGAGAUAUCGUAGAAAAGAAGCAUCUCGAACGCGCAGUAGAGAAAGAGAGCAAACGUCGUGGAAUGGAAAGUUGUGUGAGUCAACUGGUGCUUACGGACACCAGUGAGAGUGACAUGGAGUUCGAUUUUAAUGUGUCGCCGCCAGCGGCGUCAGCAUCUCCAUGUUUGAAGCAUACUACUUUGAGCAAUGGAACACAAACUGCCAAGAAAGAUCUAAUAGUACCCCCCAAGUAUCCACCUAAGAUAGGCACCUAUUGGCGACCGUACGACUGUGCUGCGGGCGAUCGCUACACCGGCACAGCGUUUGGUGCACCGGGUGAAAUUGUAUUUGAGGAUGGAUAUUUCGGAUAUGGAGGCGGCGGUCCCCACGGUCCUUCUGCUUCUCCGGGUGGAAGAGCAAAAAUUCAAGGCAUAUGGGGUGCCGGCCAAGGCGGGCCUAUGUCUGGUGGUGGGCGCUCCGGGGGUGGCAGACGCGGGGGGCUAACAGGUACUCUUAACAACAAAGCGUUUCCUGGUUAUAAAGAUCAACGAACAGGUAAAAGCGGACCUAUACCAGUGCGAAUGCUAAAACGGUAUUAUGACAAUCUUAAAAGUGCUGCUAAAGCUGAAAAAGACGCUAUUAAGAAUGCCGCUGAAAAGAGAAAAAAAGGCAUUGACCUAAUCAACUAUUUAAGGAAGGACGGCGCUCUUCCCACACCCUGGGAUCCGAAUAACCCAAAGCCGAAGAAAACGCUUGAGGAUAAAUUAAGGGAGGAAGCAGAACACAUUAAGCAAAAACAGGCAAAACGACGCCAACUUCUGCGCGAAUGCAUACCACCACUCGACACUAUGCCGCGCUUGGGCAGGGGCUAUGAUCCCUGUCAAUACUACAAUUCAUGUUGCAACCAGUGUUAUAAUCCAAGUUGCUACUGUACGUAUUAACACUAAUCACAAUAUAUGUAUUUGUUUUAAAAUAAAUUGUGUGCGGG